UUUGUUUUAUUUUUUAAGUAUAGUUAUUUAUUGUUACUGUUUUGUUUUAUUUUGUUCAAAAUGGAGGUUAUUGAAGAUGGAAAUAUUAUGGACCGCAUACCUAUACUCUUACAAAGAGACAUUGAAUAUUAUGAGAAAAACCACACAGUCUUAUCAGAAUCUGUAUGCAAAGGAGUAGUGGGGGGUCGGCUUGACUUUCCAAGAAAUGCUUCCUUUGCUUCUGUGAAGAUUGUCCUAUGGCUAGAAGAGGAAUUCUCCAUUGCUUUCAAACAAGGCUCCGGCAUGUUCGUGGCUAUAGAUGAAGGCGACGAGAGCACGGACGGAGGCGUCGCUAAGACAUCAGACCCCGACAAGUUUGUGCAACUUGCUGUCAAAUCUGCUGACUUGUUAUUAGAGCACCUUCACAUGUUAGCCCAAGAGGCUUUAGACCACGCCGAUCUUCCGGUACUGACAUCUACGCUUGGUGCUGCGGCACUUCUGAGAAACAGUCUCUACUGCUAUCUGCAACAUACUGAGGACAUGGGUAGUUCGGAGAGACAUGCGAUGCUGCAGGCGUGCUACAAACGCUACGCGCACAUGGCUGAAGCGGUGGCGGAGCGCGUGCUGGACCUGCACGCGCGCGUGGUGUCGCUGUACGUGCUGCAGGACGCGGGCGGCCGCGCGUCCGUCACCGCCGCCACGGCGAGCGUGCACGGCUGGUGGCUGUAUAUGAACGGUAGCCGAAAGGACUUAUGGGACACUGUGCCGCCGCGAAUGGCACAGAGAAUAUUCGCUGGAAUGCUGAACGAGACUUUGACUAUUCUCACAGUUCGAUAUUGCCAGACCAACACAACAGAAGCAAGUACCCCAACCCUCAUAAACGACAUCCUCAACAUCUUGCUCUGCGUCGCCCAACUAUUACCAUCCAUCUGUGCCAAUGGCCUUGACUUGGCGGGGCUGGAUGUCAAGCAGCAAACUAGGGAUGUACGAGACGUCCAUGCCAAAUGCAAUGAGCUGUUCAAGUGCAUGGUGUAUCGUGGGGCAGAACUGCAUUUCAUAUAUCAGGCUUUCAAAGAGCAGCAAGUCACUCCCCUCCCAAAAGACUGCCCGUACCCCUGGUUCACAUUCGUGAGUCCGCACUUGUUCGACAGCUUCGAUGACUUCACCACACAAGACCUUCCGUUGAAGACCGCUAUAGGCCUGGAACUGAUAGUUCUGUUGGCACAGCCGCAACCGUCUUGGGCGUCUGUGGUCAAGGUUAUAAUGAUGCGUAACUGCCAUCUCGCCCGCUUACUUCUUAUCGAAGCUAUUCGCAACAUGUCCGAAGAGAAUUCAAAAUGGCCGGCCAACGGGCUGUGGUACAACGUGGAAGGAACCAAGAAACGUUGCAACGGUUUCUUGUGUACUGCCGAUGGGUACUGCAACUUUAAGGGAGACGACAAUGCGGGCGAACAAUACGCGCGAGCGGCUGGCGCGCUCACCUAUGUACUAGCUACGAUCGGUAGCAAAGCUGAACUCAAAUCAACACUGUGUUACGCCCUCGAGGUAUCCGGCAGAGACUGGGCCGCGUGCUUGGACAAGAGACAGGUGUGGUGUGACCGACGACCGCCCUGGUUGGCAGCAUUGCUCGGGCUGAUCGGUACUGCGCUACAGUUCAUACCGCCUGUGCUUGUGAAAGCUGUGCAAAGCGGCGCCUCUAUGUACCAGACCAUGUCCCUCUGCCUGAGCUGCAUCUCUCGCUCAUGGGUGUGCAUCCCUCGCGCCUUCGCCUUGGCGUGCGGCUGCGUGCAGGGCGGCGUGGGCGGCGGCGCGCGGCCGGCCGGCGCCGCCGUGCUGCUGCAGGCGCUGCUCACCAAGCUCUACGACGAGAUGCUCAAGUGGGCGCGCAAGGAGCAGGCUAGGGAACAAGCUGCUGCGUCCGAAGCUAAUGGUGAUCUGCAACACUCCAGUGCCACGAAAGUCCGCACCAAGCACGUGAGGAUCGCCGGUAUCGGACAAACAAAUCCGUCGCAGAGCUUCGACAGCAGCCACAGCCAGCCGUCUUCAAUCGCCAUCGCCAUCGCCGAGGCCCUCUGCUCCAUAGAUGAAGACCACAAGCACACCCGCGAGAUCGAACAACUAGUCGCGCUGUCUAAGAAGACCUUUACGAUCUCCGACCAGUUCGGGUUGGAGGAUUUUCCUGAGUUCGCAGAGUUCUAUGAAGAGGGCAGCGUAAACGGAUCAAACGCAGAGCGAGCCAGCGACGUAGCUGCUUUGACCAGCCAGAUCUUGAUGACACCACCUGGUCGAGAUAGUCUCAGGGUAAUCUACGACCACCUCCAAUUGCACUCGGAGAAGAUAUACACUGAGCUGGGGCUGCAGGCGACUAGCGAAUCCGUACCGUUGCACAAAGCUCCGUUGCUGUACAUCAUGUUCCAUAUCGGACGACGGCCUUUCGACCAAUAUCUACGUAAAGAAUGGCCGAUGCCGUGGAGCAAGCUCGUAUCCGCGGCCAAGGCGUGGUCCGGCGUAGAGGGCGCCCGGGUUCACGUGAACAGGAGACAUGACAUACGGAGCGUCAGGGGACAGAGCAAGAACAAGCAACUAGCAGAGUUAUAUGACUUGUUUAGAGCCCCAGCCACAGGGCUUCUGUAAAA